UUUUUUAUCUUGAAAGUGUAAGGUCUGCAGACGAUGCGAAAUAAAUAGAUAAAAAAUAGUAUUAGGUUAGGAUGUUUGACUAUUUUAAUAUUAACAUUAUACGUAUCAAAAUAAAAGCUUCGAUAAUGUUACGUAAAACUUUUUCCGACAAUAUUUAUGAAUCUUUAUAAGAUACGGUAAUAAAACAUUUUAUUAACAAAUUUUUCAAAAUAGAUUCGUAGAUGUUCCAAUGUACAGUAUCGCAAUUUCAAAACUCCGUUACGUUUCCACGGUGCUAAAACAACAAUAUUUAGCGAAAUAUCGUAUUGUUUUUUAUCCUAUAUUGCGUUGUAAAAUACAUUGCAUCAAUCCUUCUGUAAUUAUGGCUUCAAAGUGUUUUAAUGGAUGUAAUGAUCACUAUAAUGGCGUAACUAUUGACUCAAAUGACGAAUUUUGUACAUCUGAAGUGUUCGCUCGUCGUCUUACAGCAUCUUUACAAAAAUGGAAAGAAAAUAAAAAACGCACAAUAUGGUUCCGUGUACAUUUACCACAAUCAGAAUGGAUACCGUUACUUGUGAAAGAAGGAUUCAAAUUUCAUCAUGCAAAACAAGAAUAUGUUAUGCUUUAUCGAUGGUUAGUUACAGAUGAAGAAUGCAAUGUUCCACAUUAUGCACACACCAAUUUAGGAGUUGGAGGAUUUGUCUAUAACGAGGAAACUAAAGAAAUUUUAGUUAUCAAAGAGAAAUAUGCAAAUGGCCCACCUAUUUGGAAAUUACCAGGUGGUUAUGUGGAACCAGGAGAAAAUUUAGAAGAAGCUGUAAAAAGAGAAGUUUUAGAAGAGACUGGUGUUCAAACUACUUUUAGAUGCAUAAUAGGUUUCAGACACGUUCAUGAUUAUGCCUUUGGCUGUUCUGACAUAUACAUGAUUGCUUACUUAUCACCUAUUGAUAUCAAUAUUAAAAAAUGUGAAAAAGAGAUUUCUGAUUGCAGAUGGAUGAAGGUAAAUGAUUAUUUAGAGCAUCCAGAAGUAUCUGAAAAUAAUAAACAAAUUGCAAAAAAGAUAAUAGAAUUUUUCAAACACAAAAUGGGGAUUGUUGUGAACCAUGAAAUACAUUCUGCAACAAAUAAACCUAUUUGUGUAUACAGCAUAUCCAAAAUCGGUGAUGCAUAGCAUAACACAAAAUGAUUAAAAUGUAUACAUGUGGUCAAUUAAUUUCAUAGUUUGGAGCAAUCUAAAAUAAUGAUUAUGUUAGAAAAUUAACAAAUCAAAAUACAAUUUAAUGUUUUAGAUACAUUUUUUAAAUAUAAGUAUAAAAUAUUUAUUUUAUCUUAUAUAGAGUAAAUUAAUCAAAAUUAUAUAGAAGUAAUUCACACUAUAUAAGCUAAAUAAAGGAUAAUCUAAGAAAAAUAAAAUUUAUUGAUUUCAUUAAACAUUCUAUUAUUAUGUUAUGUACAUACAGCUUUGAAUUAAUUAUAUAAGUUGUUUAAAUUCUGUAACUAAGGAUUAUAACAUAAGGAUUAUAAUAAAAUCGAUAUAAAUAACAAAUAAACUGCAAAAAUACAUGUAACAAAUUGUGAUGUAUUAUAUGUAUACAUAUUUAAAUUUCAUUUUUCCAAAAUUAUGAGAAAAAUGGAACGAAAAGUACAAAUUAGACUUGAGAAAAAGAUAAAUAAAGAAGAUAUACAGAAAAAAGGAAUAUUCUAUAAAAAAAAAUUAUAUUAAAAUAUUUUCAUACCUAAACGUUCCUUGAAAACCCAGCUUUAUGUUGGAAAGUAGCUUCUUCAGUUUUGUUUACAUUCUUGUUUGUCACACUUUAGUCGAUGAUUGACAAGUUCCCCAGGAAGAUGGAAGAGCACGUAUUUGGUUAAGGUUAAGGUUAUAGAAUAUUACUUUGUUGACAAUUCGACUAAUUUUUCCUGUAAGAAAUAUUACGUGAAUAAUUUGACGAGAAUUCAUAUGUAGAAGAGUGUUCAGUAAGGCACAAGAUUUGUUGCCAAGAUGAGUAAGAUGUAUACAACCGCCAACCUUUCUGACAAAGAAUUAAAGGAAGAAGGAAAUCGUCUUUUCAAUCUUCACAAAUACGAGGACGCUGCACACUGCUACACCAAAGCAAUU